UGGUUCCGCUGGCAUUUCACAGUCAAAUUCGAUCGAGUACUAACCAUGGGUUUAAAAUUGUUUUUAGGGGUGUUUUUGGUCGUUUUCGCCACGGUUUAUGCCACCGAAGAUGUCGUCCCCAAGGCCGAAACGUCCGUGCAAUUCGUCGGGAGGAUGAUGGAAGAAGGUCGUACUUUGGUACAUCAUGCGAUGAAACGUUUCAUGAUCAUCUUGCCGGCCAUUUUCUUUAAGUUGGGCAUCGCUUUUACCUUGUUGGUGCUUGUGGCAAUAGCUGCAGUCAAUAAUGGCUUCAUAGGAUUUAUGUUGCUAGUGGUCGGAUUAAGCAGCGUCCUGGCCCGCUUCCAAGAAGCCAAGAGACCAGCGGCCACGCCCUACGUGACCUCGCCCUACUACCACCACGCCCACAUCUUGGAUCGCAAAGAUGACGUGGACGGUUCAGCGGCGCCCGCGUACCAAUACGUCGGCACCACCAGCCCUUACUCCGCUUACGCUCAAUAUUAUAAUAAAAUAAACGUUUGAUAAAGAGUAAAGAAAAAAAAAAGACACACACACAA